GGAAUAUAUAAGUUUCAAAAAAUGAAGCUUUGAGACUGGUUUCUUAAAAUGCCGGAGUAUCACGACCGCCCUGAAAGAAGUGAUUACCGUGAUCAUUAUUCAAAACCACGUGGAGACGACAGAUCUAGAAGUCCCUAUUCGUCACGUGAUAGAUACCAUCGUGGGUACCAUUCUUACCAUGGGGACAGACCACCAAGACCAUACGGUGGGGGGUAUCGAGGCACUCGCCCCUACUUUCCGAGAGGUGGGCGCUUCGGCGGUUUCCGCGGUCGCUUUUUCAGAGGCGAAUAUCGUGGAGGUUACGAUACGCGGAGGUUCAACAGGAGUCGUUCAAGGUCCCCGCAUAAUAGGAGAUAUCACUACGACAGGCGUGAACGAGCUGUUGACAUAAAUACUGUUCCAAAUUACCGCUCAGACACAGGAAGCAGAGACGAUCCUUUAGUUCUUGAUGUUCCGGACUUCCUAAACGAACUGAAAAGACGCUCGGCUGUUAGACGAAACGCUUUGACUAAAGAGUUUGAUGUCGAUAACUACGCUACUGCAUUAGCUAUGUGUAACUCUCCUUUCCCUGGACAAGAAAGAAAUGUGCGAGAUGUCGUUGACGAAUUUUUAGAAAAAUCAAAUAGUUGGCAGUUUCCAAGUUUGAAGUUCGAGAACAAAAAUGAGCUGACUUCGGGAACAAAAUCGGAAAAGGGCAAUCUGAAUGAAACAUCAGAAAGUACAGAUUUGAAUUCGACUGCAGAGAAAACAGAUGAUUCAGAUGACGAUGACGAAUCUUCUAGAAGAAGAAAGUUUAACCCCUCCUUGAAGCCGAAUAAUGACUACUCACAGCAUUACGUCGACUCCGAUUUACGCCCUCAGAAUUUCGUACAUGAUAGUGGCUAUGAAAACCGUUUUAAAGAGUACCCAAAGUUGCGAGAAUUAAUGUAUCUUAAAGACGAAUUAGUCCAUCAAACUAACACGCCUCCAAUGUAUUUGCAUUGUGAUUUGGAAAAGUUUAACUUAAAAAGACUUAAAAACCAAUUUGACGUCAUAAUGAUUUCGGCACCUCUAGUCAACGGAUUUAGUCCAGAAAGCUCCGAUCCUAAAUUAAAACACUGGUCGUUCGAUGAGCUAUCACACUUGGAUAUUGAAGCAGUAGCUCCUAAUCGAGGUUUCAUUUUCAUGUGGUGUGGAACUUCGGAAAACGUCGACGAUUGCAGAGAAUGCAUUCAUAGUUGGAACUAUCGUAGAUGUGAGGAUAUUUGUUGGAUUAAAACUAAUUCCAAAAAUCGAGAUACCCCAAGAAGGUAUGAACCAGGUACCCUAUUCCACAGAACGAAAGAACAUUGUCUAGUAGGUAUUCGAGGAACUGUAAAGAGAAACCAAGACGGAGAUUUCAUACAUGCUAAUACUGAUCUGGACUUGAUUCUAUCGGAGGAAGCAGAGUUUGCGAGUCACGACAAACCAGAAGAGAUUUUCAAAAUAAUCCAGCAUUUUUGUCUUGGAAGAAGGCGUUUGCAUUUAUUUGGAACAGAUAAAGAUAUCAGACCAGGAUGGUUGACUAUUGGUCCAAAUGUAACUGGAUCUAAUUUUGAUGCUGUGAAAUAUGCCAGUUGGUUUAACAGAGAACCAAAUGGUCAUUUGACAGGGUGCAGUGAUAGAAUUGAAGAUAUCAGACCGAAAAGUCCUCCGCUAAGAUCAAAUGACAACAGUGACUAUAAAGACCCAAUUCCAAAUACAUUAUGAAAAACUUCUUUUUUUUUUCUUUUCGUUGAUAUAGUUGUUUGUCCUGCAUUAAAUUAUAAGUUAAAAUAAUGA